AUGCUGAAAUGCCCUGUGAUGGAGAAGAACAAGAGUGAUGGGGAGAAAGCGGACAUGUCUAGCGGGUUCCCCGAGGUGUUGCUUCCCAUUGAGUUCUACGACAAAUGCCGGAGGCCAAGAGACGACCAGAAGAUCGAGUUUGUAUCUUGGCGGGAGAAGGACUCUCUCCUGGGAGCAGGGAAAGGCGAUUUUGUAGGCAUUGUAAAUGCUCUUGAAAAUGAAAACUUGAAGAUGGAAAAGGAGAUUAUGAGGCUUGCGGAGAAGCAGGAUAGGAUAUGCAAGGAGAACGAGGUGCUGAGAGAUGUUCUUUACGGGCUCUUAUCGAAGUCUUCUUCUUGA